AUGCAAACAGUUUUCCUCUCCCCAUCAGAAUUGGCAGAUGGUGUAUUUUGUCAGGCAGAUGAUGCCAAGUUCUUUCUUUUAGCAUUAUUCUCUCUUGUUUUAUUCUUUAUUUCUCCCACUUUUGUUCUCUUGCUCAUUCAGUCUUUACUUACAUUUAUUUAUCACUCUCUCACACUCACUCUCACUUUCUUUUGUUCUCUUGUUUACUUUUUAUUUGACUUCACCCCAUUUCUCUCUUCUGUUCCUUUAGCUUUCACUCUCACAUUAAUGCUCUUUUUUCAUUCACUUACUCUUGCUUACUCUCUCUUAAUUUUCACCUGCUUGCUUUUUCUCUUCUGUUUUUUCUUUCUCAUUCUUCUUUCUCUUUUUCUCUCACUCCUUUCUGUGCAUUUUCUCUCACUUUUGUUCUCUUGCUUCUUUUUUCUUGCUUUUGUCUUCACUCUCUUUUUUCCAUUUUCAUUCUUGUGUUUUUUUUUUUUCACUUUCUUUGGCUUUCUGUUUCUCUUGCUCACUUGCAGUCUCUCUUGUCCAGUCUUUAUCUCUUGCAUAAUCUCUUCUUUUGCUCUCAAUCUCACUCUUUUUCUAUCACUUUUACUUUCUCGCUUACUAUCUGUAAAAAUUAAUCAAUCAAACUCUUUAUUUCUCUUGCACUUAUUGUUACUUUUUCUCUCUCACUAUUGCUCUUACUUGAACUCUUUUCUUUCACUCACUUUUUCUCUUCUCACUUUUUCUUGCAUUUUUGUUCUCACUUGCACUGUUUUUCUAUUAUUCUCUUCACGCUUUUUCUUGUUCACUUUUUCUUACCCACUCUUUAUCUCUCUUACCCACUCUUUCUUGCUCUUUUGCCCUCAUUCACUCUUUUCUAUCACCCUCAUUUUGUUUCACUUUCUCUCUCUCUCGCCCACUUUUUCUUGCUCUUUUGUUCUUUCACAUUCUUUUUUCUAUUAUGCUCACUUUCUUUCAUUUUCUCUCACUUUCUCUUGCUAA